GGAGUAGAAUCCAUUGUGGUGCUUGAGCGCCUGAGAGGAGCAAGUUGGAGUGAGAUGAGGACAGAAAUCGAUUUAUUCUUAAAGGAAUGCAUCGGAAAGGAAUAAAGAAAUGGAUUUCUAACGUGCAAGACAAGAUUUUUUAUUUUUGAGAAAGAAACACGUUGACAUUUCAGUACAGCCUUGAGGAGGAUGAGUUAACCGAACCUGCAAAUGUUGAUUUCACUGAAAACGAGGUUAUAAUUGGAGCCUUUGAGUUUGCACCGGGGUAGUGAUUUGACUCGGCGGGCUGGCGGAACUCCGCGGAAAUUUGCGGAACAUGGGACAGUGGGGUCUUGGAGAGCUUGGCAGCGGAGCGCUCCAGUGGCCCCAUCAGAGGCAAGGUCUUUAAAUGAGGAUAUAUCACACCGCGAUGACAAAGCAGUGACCGGCCCGUUCUCCCCCUCACCCCAUCCCAGGCCAGACUUUACCCACAGCCCCUCGUUCUCCGUGUCGCAGCGAGAACAUGCUGCGCUUCCUCUCCCUCAAGUUUGGCCGUCUGUACCGGUGCCUGAAGUUCCUGCUGUUGGUGGGCCUCUUUGUCAUCCUGGUGAUGAACACGCACAACCUGUUCGCCUCGUUCCAGAGGAACGAACUCACCGACCGCCGCUUCAUCAACCUCAACAAGUGCCCCGCCUGCUUCGGCACCAGCUGGUGCCGCAAGUUCAUGAAUGGGCAGGUCUCCUUCGAGACAUGGGGGCGCCUGCGCUUCCUCGACUUUUUCAACGUCAAGAACGUCCACUUUGCACAGUACGGGGAGCCCAGGGAGGGCACCCGCAGGAUCGUCCUCAAGCGGCUGGGCUCCAACCAGGAGCUGGGCGACAUCGACCAGAAGAUCUGCAAACGGGCCACGGGGAGGCCGAGGUGCGACCUCAUCCAGGCCAUGUACAAGACUGAGUUCGCCCGGCUGAACGGGGACGUCAGGCUCCUCACGCCGGACGUGGUGGAGGGCUGGUCGGACCUGGUGCACUGCCCGUCCCAGAGGCUGCUGGACCGGGUGGUGCGGAGGUAUGCCGAGACUAAAGACUCAGGGAGUUUCCUUCUCAAGAACCUCAAGGACACCGAACGGAUGCAGCUGCUCAUGACCCUAGCCUUUAAUCCGGAGCCGUUGGUUCUCCAGAGCUUUCCUUCGGACGAGGGCUGGCCGUUCGCCAAGUACCUGGGCGCGUGUGGCCGGAUGGUGGCGGUAAACUAUGUGGGUGAGGAGCUGUGGAGCUUCUACAACGCCCCGUGGGAGCAGCGGGUGGACCUGGCCAGGCAGCUGAUGGACAUCGCCGAACAGCUGACCAACAACGACUUCGACUUCGCGCUCUACCUGCUGGACGUCAGCUUCGACAACUUCGCCGUUGGGCCGCGGGAUGGCAAGGUCAUCGUGGUGGACGCGGAAAACGUCAUCGUGGCAGACAAGAGGCUGAUAAGGCAGAAUAAGCCCGAGAACUACGACGUGUGGUACGAGAGCCGGGUGGAGGACUGCGACAAGGAGGCCUGCCUGUCCUUCUCCAAGGACAUCCUGUGCUCGCGCGUCACCGUUGACCACAACUACUACGCCGUCUGCCAGAACCUCCUCUCCAGGUACUCCACGUGGAGGGGCACCACGGGUGGGCUCCUGCACGACCCCCCGGCGGACGUGGCCAAAGACGGGCACCUGGAGGCCCUGCUGGACGAGUGCACCAAGCCCAAAAAACACUACGGCCGCUACCAGGCGGCGAAAGAGCUGCGGGAGUAUCUGGCCCAGCUGAGCAAUAACGUGAGGUAGUGAAUAGAGUGGAUUCGUAUUCAGACUGAACGCCCCCCCCCCCCCCCCCCCGUUUCUCAGCACUGCGACCGCAAUCAUGGAUUUUUUUUUCUUCUUCCCGUUCAAGACUAUGUCACGGACGUCCUGACCGCUUCCUCACUUCUCCAUGUCACUUGUGUUUUUUUUUUUUUUUUUUUUUUUUGUUGCUUAGUUUACAUUGGCAGACAGAGGAGGUCGGUUGCAAAGUUUUCAAUUGGCCCUGCAAUCCCACUGUGGGCCAGAGGAUCAGCAGGCGGGAGGAUUGUGAUGGGGGAGUGGAGGGGCAAGCUUGCGUAUUUGACAGCACAAGAUGAGAAGGCGGGGCAGCCUCGUGACACACGGCCUCGAUCAUAAACGAUCGUCCCGGCCACCUGCAGGCCCGAGGCUCGCCACUGACCAACAUUUUCGUCUGGGUGCUUUCGCGGUGCCGAUAUUUCAUUUUAAUGACGGCUCGCAAAACGCUCCGGACCUCUUGGACUGAUAUACUGCGCUUUGUGAAGAUCUUGUUGCUGUUUAUUGAAGCCGAGAUGGGGUUUGCUGAUUUUCGAUUUUCCUGCUAAAUUGAAAGGACUCUCAGUUGCUAGGGUUGGCAGAGGACUCACAGAAAUUCUGUCACUGUAGGGUGGAGUGGAACAUUCAGCCCCCGACUCCUGUAUCCUAGAGCUUGGCAAUCAGAAUUUUAGAGGAAACCAGAGACGUAGGGGGAACAUUAAGUAUAAAACUAAGGGAUUGUAAAUGUGCAUAUAUUGCAUAUACCAAAGAAUCUGGCUGUAUGUAACAUGGUCCCCAGUUACAAUGCCAUACUUGUUCCUCGCAGAACAGUUGUAAGUGACAUAAGGAAUCUGUCUCGAUGAGUAGAGAACUGCAAGAUCAGGUCCGCUUCUCUGCAUCCAGGGAAAAGCAAGAGAGCGGGGAGGAGAGGGGGGUGGGUGAUGUACGAUUCUGAAGCGGUGCCUUUCAGCCAGAUUGUACACAGGCACUAGAUUCAAAUAGGCUUUUAUACGCAGUUGGGUUUCUCACUGUUCUCUGACAGUAGCAGGCAUUUUGGAAAAGGGAAUAUGUAUGCCCACAAAAUAAAAGUGAUUUUUCCCAAA